AUGAGAUGUCAAGCUACAACACCUGAGCCAAAAUGCAGACUCUCCAGAGUCUGUCCGCCUGACCAUUUUGCUUUACGCAUCAACAGCGGAGCAGCUAAUGUUGUUGGACCAAAGAUCUGUUUUGAUGGCAAAAUCAUUAUGAGCCAUGUGUUGAAUAAUGUGGGACCGGGACUGAACAUUGCGGUGCUAAAUGGUGAAAAUGGAAUACUGGAAAAAUGUGGCUACCUUAAUAUGAAAGUUGGAAACCCUGAAGACAUCCUGGCGUACCUGAAGGAGAUAAAACCUGGAAUGAUUGUCUUAGUGGCCUCGUUUGAUGAUGUGGCAACAAAAAUGACAAAAGAAAUGACGGAGGUGUUCGUCGGAAUGGGAAGCACUUUGAUCAAGUCUGUAAAACACAGAGAUAGCUGGGUGUUUGCUGGAAGAGCAGGGACAGAAACCAGAAGCCUGUUUGAGAAGCAUGCUGUUAAUGAUGAGAAAACCAACAUUUAUGAAAGCUGGCCAGAGAUGGUGGAGGUGGGCGGCUGUUUACCAAGGACCCAAACUGAUGGACAUAAACCUUAA